GAAGCUCAGACACUCGGCUGACUGGGCCCCUCCCUCCAGGGGUGUUCUGCGACCGCUCCCGGGGGGAGGUGCACCCUGCGCCCACCUCCUCUGCUCGUCAGCCCCAGCCCCAGACGACACACUCCUAUUAGCCUGCGUCUCUGGGGUCGUGCCCCUGGGCCCUUGACAGUCCUGUGUUCCACAAGAAACAAAAUGAGAACUGCAUUUGCAAUUUAAACUUUCGAUGGAGCCACCAUCGAAAACCAUAAAAAGAAACCGGUGAAGUCCAUUUUAGCAGUGCGUUUUGUUUAACUCAGUGUAUCUAAAGUGCUAUUUUUCAACAUGCAAUCAAUAGAAAAAGAUUAGGGUGACAUUUUACUUCUGUUUUUUCUCCCUGAGUCUUCCACAUCCAGCGUGUAUUUCAUGCUUACAGCACCCCUCGAUUCGGACGAGCCCCACUUCCAGGGCGCAUGGCCACGGGUGCCCGGCGGUGGCUGCUGUACUGGACAGCGAGGACCUGAGCCUGCAGCCGGAGGCGGCAGCAGAGGCUCGGGGCUUCCCGGGGGCAGGCAGCCCGCAGGGGCUGGGGGUGUGAGCACAGGUAACCCGGGCCCACCCUGGUCGCUCUUCGGCGCGCCCCUGCUCGGAAGUUCCGUUGGGGAUCUGAUGAAGAUGGAGAGGGCCACGGAUCUGUGGCCGACGGCCCCCGGGAGGGAGAGCCGCGUCAGUGGGCACCACUCGCUGGCUUGGCUCUUGGUCCCAACCCAGAGCAAUGACGUUCGUUUAGCAGGGAGACUCGGCAGGCCCUGGGCUUAGGUUAAAAAAGAUCGUGCACACCAGCGAUGGCCUGGGAAGCAGCUCCUGUGUAAGACCGGACCCGGAGCCCGGAGCAGGACCCUCCAGUGGACAUGGGCGGGGCCCUGGGGCCAGCCCUGCUGCUCACCUCGCUCCUCGGUGCCUGGGCAGGGCUGGGCCCGGGGCAGGGCAAGCAGGCUGUGACGGUGGCCGUGGUGUUUGGCAGCUCGGGGCCGUCACAGGCCCAGGCCCGGACCCACCUCACCCCCCAGAGCUUCCUGGACCUGCCCUUGGAGAUCCAGCCGCUCACCGUGGGGGUCAACAACACCAACCCCAGCAGCCUGCUCACCCAGAUCUGUGGGCUCCUGGGCGCCGCCCGUGUCCACGGCAUCGUCUUCGAGGACAACGUGGGCACUGAGGCCGUGGCCCAGAUCCUCGACUUCCUCUCCUCCCAGACUCACACGCCCAUCCUCAGCAUCAGUGGGGGCUCGGCCGUGGUCCUCACCCCCAAGGAGCCGGGCUCCGCCUUCCUGCAGUUGGGCGUGUCCCUGGAGCAGCAGCUGCAGGUGCUGUUCAAGGUGCUGGAGGAGUACGACUGGAGCGCGUUCGCCGUCAUCACCAGCCUGCACCCCGGCCACGCGCUCUUCCUGGAGGGCGUGCGCGCCGUCGCUGACGCCAGCUACAUGGACUGGCGGCUGCUGGACGUGCUCACCCUGGAACUGGGCCCCGGCGGGACGCGCGCGCACACCCGGCGCCUGCUGCGCCAGCUCGACGCCCCGGUGUUUGUGGCCUACUGCUCGCGCGAGGAGGCCGAGGUGCUCUUUGAAGAAGCAGCGCAGGCCGGCCUGGUGGGGCCCGGGCACGUGUGGCUGGUGCCCAACCUGGCACUGGGUAGCACCGACGAGCCUCCCGCCGUCUUCCCCGUGGGCCUCAUCAGCGUGGUCACGGAGAGCUGGCGCCUGAGCCUGCGCCAAAAGGUCCGCGAUGGCGUGGCCAUCCUGGCCCUCGGCGCCCAUGGCUACCUGCGCCAGCACGGCACUCUGCCCACCCCGGCUGGGGACUGCCGCAGCCACCCUGGGCCUCUUAGCCCUGCCCGGGAGGCCUUCUACAGGCACCUGCUGAACGUCACCUGGGAGGGCCGCGACUUCUCCUUCAGCCCUGGUGGGUACCUGGUGCAGCCCACCAUGGUUGUGAUCGCCCUCAACCGGCACCGCCUCUGGGAGAUGGUGGGGCGCUGGGACCGCGGCGUCCUCUACAUGAAGUACCCGGUGUGGCCUCGCUACAGUGGCUCCCUGCAGCCCGUGGUGGACAGCCGGCACCUGACGGUGGCCACGCUGGAGGAGCGGCCCUUCGUCAUCGUGGAGAGCCCGGACCCCGGCACGGGCGGCUGCGUGCCCAACACGGUGCCGUGCCGCAGGCAGAGCAACCACAGCUUCAGCGGUGACACGGCCCCCUACACGAAGCUUUGCUGCAAGGGCUUCUGCAUCGACAUCCUCAAGAAGCUGGCCAAGGUGGUCAAGUUCUCCUACGACCUGUACCUGGUGACCAACGGCAAGCACGGCAAGAGGGUGCGCGGCGUGUGGAACGGCAUGAUCGGGGAGGUGUACUACAAGCGGGCGGACAUGGCCAUCGGCUCCCUCACCAUCAACGAGGAGCGCUCCGAGACCGUGGACUUCUCCGUGCCCUUCGUGGAGACGGGCAUCAGCGUGAUGGUGGCGCGCAGCAACGGCACCGUGUCCCCCUCCGCCUUCCUGGAGCCCUACAGCCCCUCGGUGUGGGUGAUGAUGUUCGUCAUGUGCCUCACCGUGGUGGCCGUCACGGUCUUCACGUUCGAGUACUUCAGCCCCGUGAGCUACAACCAGAACCUCACCAGCGGCAAGAAGUCCGGGGGCCCGUCCUUCACCAUCGGCAAGUCCGUGUGGCUGCUGUGGGCGCUGGUCUUCAACAACUCGGUGCCCAUCGAGAACCCCCGGGGCACCACCAGCAAGAUCAUGGUCCUGGUCUGGGCCUUCUUCGCGGUCAUCUUCCUCGCCAGCUACACCGCCAACCUGGCCGCCUUCAUGAUCCAGGAGCAGUACAUCGACACUGUGUCCGGCCUCAGUGACAAGAAGUUCCAGAGGCCUCAAGAUCAGUACCCACCCUUUCGCUUCGGCACGGUGCCCAACGGCAGCACGGAGCGGAACAUUCGCAGCAACUACCGCGACAUGCACACCCACAUGGUCAAGUUCAACCAGCGCUCUGUGGAGGACGCGCUCGCCAGCCUCAAGAUGGGGAAGCUGGAUGCCUUCAUCUAUGAUGCCGCUGUCCUCAACUACAUGGCAGGCAAGGACGAGGGCUGCAAGCUGGUCACCAUCGGCUCUGGCAAGGUCUUUGCCACCACCGGCUACGGCAUCGCCCUGCAGAAAGAGUCCCACUGGAAGCGAGCCAUAGACCUGGCGCUCCUGCAGUUCCUGGGGGAUGGGGAGACACAGAAGCUGGAGACGGUGUGGCUCUCGGGGAUCUGCCAGAACGAGAAGAACGAGGUGAUGAGCAGCAAGCUGGACAUCGACAACAUGGCGGGUGUCUUCUACAUGCUGCUGGUGGCCAUGGGCCUGGCCCUGCUGGUCUUCGCCUGGGAGCACCUGGUCUACUGGAAGCUGCGCCACUCGGUGACCAACACGUCGCGACUGGACUUCCUGCUGGCCUUCAGCAGGGGCAUCUACAGCUGCUUCGGCGGGGUGCAGAGCCUGGCCAGCCCCGCGCGGCAGCCCAGCCCGGACCUCACGGCCAGCUCGGCCCAGGCCAGUGUGCUCAAGAUGCUGCAGGCGGCGCGCGACAUGGUGACUACCGCUGGCGUGAGCAGCUCCCUGGAUCACGCCACGCGCACCAUUGAGAACUGGGGCAACCGCCGCGCGCCCCUGGCACCCGCCUGCCCCGGCCCUCGGCCACCCACCCCUGACCUGCACCCGGACCUGAACUCCAAGGGUUGGGGGCCAUCAGGCCGUGGCCGCGUCGCGCCGGGGCGCAGAACCUCUCAGCUCCUGGGCCGCCCUCCGACGCCACGGCCUCCCCUGCCCGACGUCUCCCGACGGUCGAACCGGCGGGCCUGGGAAGUGCGGUGGCCAGUGCGGACCGGUUGCUGCAGGCGGCACCUGUUGGCCUCCGAGCGGCGAGCGCUUCCGGAGCGCCCCCUAUCGUCCGCGUGCUGCCACUACAGCUCCUUUCCUCGAGCCGACCGGUCCGGGCGCCCCUUCCUCCCGCUCUUCCCGGAACCCCCGGAGCCCGAGGAUCUGCCCCUGCUCAGACCAGACCAGCUGGCCCGGAGGGAGGCCCUGCUGCACGCCGCCUGGGCCCGGGGCCCCCGCGCGCGCCACGCUUCCCUGCCCAGCUCGGUGGCGGAGGCCUUCGCCCGGCCCAGCCCGCUAUCCGCCAGGUGCGCCCGCCCCACCUGCUGGCGUUUGGCGCAGGCGCAUUCGAUGCGGCUGCCGUCGUACCGGGAGGCCUGUCAGGAGGGCGCGUGGGCAGGCGUCCCCGUCUGGCCGCACAGACCGCACAGACCGCACGCCUGCCUCCACGCCCAUGCCCACCUGCCGCUUUGCUGGGGGACCGUCUGCCCUCAUCUCCCAGCCUGUGCCAGCCAUGGCCCCUGGCUCCCUGGGGCCUGGGGGCCUCCUGGGCACAGGGGCAGGACCCUGGGGCUGAGUACAGGCUACAGGGACAGUGGGGGACUGGAAGAGGUCAGCAGGGCGGCCUGUGGGACGCAUGGCUUCCUGGGAGCUUGCACCUGGAGGCGGAUCAACAGCUUGGAGUCAAAAGUGUGAGGUGUGGGCUGCUCCGGCUGCUGGCUGGCUGCGUGCUCCACCUGGCGCUGCCCGAGCUCAGGGCAGGUGGGCUCGGACCUUUCUGACUUCUGCCCUGAAAUCCUGGCCACGGAGCCCCAGUGGCAGUGUCUUCCAUGGUCAGUUCAGUGGCCUCAGCGGCCUCAGGUCCUGGUGUGGGCUGGGCUCUUGCUGUCUUCUCUUCACGCCAAAACCUUCUCGCAGCACCUGGAGCCCCAGGAAGCCGCCGGCUCUCCCUGCUCUGCUAUGAGCUGGUCCCUGGCUGCGGCGGCUGGGGGCUUGGUGUGGGUGCCCGGGGGCUGGAGCUCAGGUGGGGGCAGGCAGGGCUGCUCCACGCCUCUGCCCCGCUGACUGUACUUUCUUCUCAGAGUGUUGGGACAUUAAACAAACCUUUUACAA